AUGUUUUUCUCGUCCCCUACACCCGAGAAGAAGCUAGCGCCGCUUAUUGAGGCUAUUCAGCAAAAGAAAAAGAAAGUAACAUUCUUUUUGGGCGCUGGAAUCUCGACUUCAUGUGGUAUUCCCGACUUUAGAAGCCCCAAGACCGGCUUAUACUCGAAUCUCCAGAAGCUAGAUCUUCCUUACCCCGAGGCAGUUUUUGAUAUUGAUUAUUUUAGAGAAAGCCCAAAGGCAUUCUAUACUUUGUGCGAUGAGCUUUACCCAGGUAAGUUCGUGCCCUCUAAGUUUCACUAUCUUGUGAGGCUCUUUCAAGAUAAGCAGCUUUUGAAGAGAGUUUACACUCAAAACAUUGAUACGUUGGAGAGAAUUGCUGGAAUCGAGGAUAAGUUCAUGGUUGAGGCACACGGAUCAUUUGCAAGCAACCACUGCAUCGACUGUAAAGAGGAGAUGUCAAGUGAGACAUUGAAGAAGCUCAUUUUUGAUAAAUCCAAGAAUGAGGGUAUCCCACUUUGCCAAAAGUGCAAGGGAUACAUCAAGCCAGACAUAACGUUCUUUGGUGAAGGCCUUCCUGAAAGAUUCUUCUAUUCAUGGCGUGACGACGCUGAUGAAGUGGAGGUGGCUAUAGUGGCCGGUACCUCAUUGACUGUGAUGCCAUUCGCCAAUUUGCCCAGCGAAUGUGGCAAAAAGACAUUGCGUGCCUUAAUUAACAAAGAAGUCGUUGGUGACUUCAAGUACGCUAAGCGCAAGAACGACAUAGUCUUACAGGACGAUUGUGACUCGGCAGCCGAACUCCUUGCCGACCUCUUAGGUUGGAGGGACGAACUAGAUGAACUUCACGAGAAAGCUAAGUCUGAAGUUUCUGAGAAGACACCCGAGACAGCUGAAGAAAAGGCUCAUGAAGUCGCCGAGGAGAUUGCGAAGGAAGAAGCUACAAAGCCCGAUGUCACCAAAUCGGACAAAGAUGCUGAUACGGAGGCGGUCGAGAAAAAAUUGGGCAAAUUGUCACUCUAA